AUGAUGGAAGAUCCGAUUAAAACACCAUUGGUAUUACAACCAAAAAUAUGGAAUAAAGAAAUAAUGUAUCCACGUUAUUUAUUUGAUACUUCAUUGGCAAUCAACUUCCGACAAGAAUUCACAAAUUGGUGGAAAACAUAUUAUGCAUUUUCCGGAUCACCACUAGAACAAAUUAAAGUACGACUCAUUCCUAUUACUGGUCGUACGCUUGAAACUUUCUUCAUACAUAAAAAACCUCCACGAGCAAUGUUAAUCAAAAUGGAACCAAGAUCUUGA